AUGAGUGCUCAAGAAUAUUCUCUAAAAUUCACGAAGUUGUCCAAGUAUGCUCCGUCUUUGGUGGCAAAUCUGAGGGAUGAGAUGAGUCGAUUUGUGACCGAUGUGUCCAACUUGAUUGAAGAAGAAUGUCAUGCGGUAAUGCUACAUGAUAAUAUGGAUAUAUCGCGUAUAAUGGUGUAUGCUCAACAAAUUGAGGAGACAAAUCUUAGGAAUACGAAUAUGGAAGUGAAGAGAGCAAGGACCGAUGAUGGAAAUUCUUCUAAUGAUGACAAGAAGGAUGUAAUGUACCUCACAAAUCUCCCAGGUACACAAGAAAAGUUGAAUAUUUUUAAUGCUGAUCUACAAAAGCCACAAAGUUUCAAUGCAGCAAUUGAAGGCUGCAUUGGUGUAUUUCAUGUUGCACAUCCAAUUGAUUUUGAGAACAAAGAAACUGAAGAAACAAUAACGCAAAAAUCAAUUGAUGGGGCAAUAGGUAUUUUACAGGCAUGUCUCGAUUCAAAAACAGUUAAACGCGUUGUAUACACUUCUAGUGCAGUUAUGGUUGUGGGUACUGGAAGUUCCAACAUAAUCGAUGAAUGCUCGUGGACAGAUAUAGAUGUUAUGAGCACAUUGAAGCCUUUUGCAAGUUCUUACGCGAUUAGUAAGACAUUAACAGAAAAAGCAGCUCUAGAAUUUGCUGAAAAAAAUGGUAUCGAUCUUGUGAUUGUAAUCCCAACUUGGAUACAUGGUACCUUUAUUACUCCUCAAAUUCCUGGUUAUGUUCGUUCAUCCAUGGAUAUGAUUCUUGGUCAUCAAAAUUUUAGUAUGAGUUACCCUCCAAUUAUACCUUUUGAACAUGUAGAUGAUGUGACAAAUGCUCAUAUUUUCCUUUUUGAAAAUCCUAAUGCAAAAGGGAGGUAUAUUUGCUCAGCUGUUGAAAUAACAGAGGAAAAGCUAGUUGAGUUUCUUUUGACAAGAUAUCCUGAAUUUCAAAAACAAAUUGCCACGUAA